AUGGCGAGGCCGACCUCCCUCCUCCUAGUUCUGGCCGCCGUUCUCUCCGUCCUCGUCUGCCCGGCCGCUGCAGCGGAGAAGACCGGCCAGAUCACCGUCUUCUGGGGCCGGCACAAGGACGAGGGCACUCUCGGAGACGCCUGCAACUUCAGCCGCAUCUACACCACGGUCAACAUGGCCUUCCUCAACGUGUACGGCCACGGCAAGUACCACCUGGACCUCUCUGGCCACCCGCUCGACGGCGUGGGCGAUGACAUCAAGCACUGCCAGUCCCUGGGCAUCCCGGUCUUCCUCUCCAUCGGCGGCUUCGGCGGCGACUACGGGCUCCCGACCAGCCAGUCCGCGGUCGACCUCGCCGACCACCUCUGGUACUCGUACCUGGGCGGCAGCCGCGUGGGCGUGCCGCGGCCCUUCGGCGACGCGCAGCUCGACGGCAUCGACUUCUUCCUCGAGGGUGGCGGCGUCGGGGAGUGCUACGACGUGCUGGCCAGGGAGCUGGCCAAGCACGACCAGCCGCUGCGGCUGACGGCGACGCCGCGGCGCGCGUUCCCGGACGGCCGCGUGUUCGUGGAGCGGGCGCUCGCGACGGGGAUCUUCGAGCGCAUCCACGUAAGGUUCUACGACUACCCGAACUGCACGGCAUGGAUCGAGGACGCGUGGGUCCGGUGGACGGCGGCGUACCCGACGAGCAAGGUGUUCCUCGGCCUGACGGCGUCGGAGAAGGACUCGUGCUACCUGGAGCGCAAGGCGGUGUUCGAGAUCGUGAUGCCGAUCGUGCAGAAGGCGGACAACUACGGCGGCGUCAUGCUCUGGGACCGCUACAGCGACGAGCAGAACUUCAACCAGUACAGCACCUACGUCAAGAACUGGGUUUGA